AUGCCAUCACUGAAGAAGACGCUGGUGCUGGGCAGCGGCUCUCGUGAGCACGCCCUCGCCUGGAAGCUCGCCCAGUCGCCCUUAGUGGGCGCCGUCUUUGUGGCACCCGGCAAUGGCGGCAUCGACGCCGCCGCCGGCGGCAAGAUCACCGCUGUCAAGGACCUGAAGAUCAGCGACCACCCGCAGGUGGCCGCCUGGUGCCGCGCCCACGCCAUCGACCUGGUGGUCGUCGGGCCCGAGGACCCGCUGGCCGCCGGCAUUGUCGACCACCUGCAGAGGGAGGGGGUUGCCGCCUUUGGGCCCAGCGCCGCCGCCGCGCGCAUCGAGUCGGAGAAGGCCUUCGCGAAGGCCUUCAUGGCGAAGUACCAGGUGCCCACGGCCCGCUACGGCGCCUUCACCGAGGCCGCCGCGGCAAAGGCCUUCAUUCGCGAGCACCCCAGGGCGCGCGUGGUGAAGGCGAGCGGCCUCGCCGCCGGCAAGGGCGUCAUCGUCGCCGAGACGGAGGCGGAGGCGCUGCAGGCGGUGGAGGACAUGCUGGAGAAGAAGGUCUUCGGGGCGGCCGGCGCCGAGGUGGUCGUCGAGGAGCGCCUCCUCGGCGAGGAGGUCUCCCUCUUUGGCCUGACGGACGGCACCGCCUUCCAGCUGAUGGCGCCCGCGCAGGACCACAAGCGGGCGCUGGCCGGCGACCGCGGCCUGAACACCGGCGGCAUGGGCGCCCUCGCGCCCUAUCCCCUGCUGGAGCCGGCCGAGCUGGAGGUGAUCCGCCGAGAGGUCUUUCAGCGGACGAUUGACGGGCUGCGCGCCGAGGGGACGCCCUUCGUCGGGCUGCUCUACGCCGGCCUCAUUCUGACGCCCGACGGCGGCGGUCCGAAGGUGAUCGAGUUCAACUGCCGCUUCGGCGACCCGGAGACGCAGUCGCUGCUCGCCCUGCUCAAGAGCGACCUCUACGAGGUCUUUGAGGCGUGCAUCAACGGGAGGGGCAUUGAGGCCAGCCCCCUGCAGUGGGAGGAGGGAAAGGUGGCGGUGGGCGUGGUGGUGGCCAGUGCCGGCUACCCCGCCGGGCCGGUCAAAAAGGACGUGCUUAUUCAAGGGCUAGAGGAGAUUAAAGAGGAGGAUGGACUGCUUGUCUUUCACGGCGGGACGGUGCAGAAGGAGGAUGGGCAGUUUUACACUAGUGGGGGGCGUAUUCUGACGGUGGUCGCGCUGGCGGAAAGUCUGGAGAAGGCGGCUGCAGCGGCCACCACUGCCGCCGGCAAACUUCGCAUCGAGGGCAGCUUCUUCCGGGGCGACAUUGCCCAGAGGACGAUUCGAAGGUAAGUGUCUUUUCUACUCAAAUCGCGGCUCGACUACAAGGCCAGUGGCGUGGACAUCGAGGCGGGGAACGCCCUCGUCGAGCACAUCAAGGGCUUCGCCAAGUCUACUGACCGCGCCGGCGUCAUGGAGCAGAUUGGCGGCUUUGGGGCGCUCUUUGACCUGAAGGCGGGCGCCGGCCUCAAGGAUCCCAUCCUGGUCUCGGGCACGGACGGCGUCGGCACCAAGCUGAAGGUGGCCAUCGAGACGGGCCGAGGCCUGGACACGGUGGGCAUCGACCUGGUGGCGAUGUGCGUCAACGACAUUCUGGUGCAGGGUGCGGAGCCCCUCUUCUUCCUCGACUACUUCGCCACCAGUCGCCUGGAGGUGGAGAAGGCGGCGGCGGUGGUGAAGGGCAUUGCCGAGGGCUGUCGGCAGGCAAGGUCGGCGCUGAUUGGUGGCGAAACGGCGGAGAUGCCCGGCAUGUACGCCGAGGGUGACUUUGACCUGGCCGGCUUCGCCGUGGGCGCCGUCGAGCGAGAGCUAAUCCUCCCCCUGAAGGGCGCCAUCGGCGCCAUCGUCGAGGGCGACCUAGUCAUUGGCCUCUCCUCCAGCGGCGUCCACUCCAACGGCUUCAGUCUGGUGCGGAAGAUUCUCGAGGUGAAGGGCGUCGCCUACGACCAGCCAGCCCUCUUUGCUGGCUCUGGGAAGACCUUUGCCGACGUCCUCCUCACGCCCACCAAGAUCUACGUCCAGUCGACGGUGCCGGCGAUCAGGAGUCGAAAGGUGAAGGCGCUGGCGCACAUUACCGGCGGCGGGCUGACGGAGAAUAUUCCUCGCGUACUCGAGAAGAACCUCGCCGUAGAGCUGGAUGCCGCCCAGUGGCCCCUGCCGCCCAUCUUCACCUGGCUCAAAACCGCCGGCGGCAUCAGCGAGCCGGACAUGCUGAAGACCUUCAACUGCGGCCUGGGCAUGGUCCUCUUUGUGGCGCCGGCCGAGGCGCCGGCCGUCCUCGCCAGUCUGAAGGAGCACGGCGAGCAUCUUUGCUAUUUUAUUUAG